AUGCAUUUUGAACAAGACUCAGCAGAGUCCAGCUUGUUUGAUCAACCAGCAGAAGAAGAAGACUCCGACCUUGCGCUCAAGGCUGCCCAGGCCAAACACAAAGUGUGUCAAGCUCAAAAACACUUGGCCGACUGCAUUUUGGAACAAUAUCAAAUACUUAUCCAUAUCUCCCGCCGCCGGGCAGAAGCUGCAAACCAGCGUCUAUUAUUGGCUGACCUCAACGUCGGACGCAUGCACUCAGAGCGCCGGAGGAAAAGCGGUAUCACAAUGUUUACUAUUCGAGCGUGA